CAGGACUUAUAUAGAGAGAUUCUUGUGAAUCCCACUAGAGCAAACUGUCCCACCCUCUCCGACACGAAAGGGGAGAAGCUGGAGCAACAGCUGGGAAGACGUCAGGACCUGCAGCGGGGGUGGAGAGGGCUUCCUGCUUGUGUCCGCGCAUUGUGAGCCCUUGAACGCCACAAGGGUGAGCCUCUGGAGUGAGUCCCUGGUGCUCCAGCGAGGAGCCAGACUGCCUCUCGGAGCCCUUCCAGCCUGGAGCGCACAGAAGUGUCUUGCUGCUGAAGGCUCCCAGAGAGCAGCGGGGCCCUGGGUCUGGGGGCAAACCCCCAUGGCGUUCACCAUGCUGAGACCCGUGGCAGCUCACAUGCUCUACCCAGACCUCAGCAUGCUCUCCGAGGACGAAGAGAACCGGAGCGAGAGCGAUGCCUCGGACCAGUCCUACGGCUGCUAUGAGGACCUGGAGACCAGGAGGAAGGUGGCGAGGAAGCCAGGCCAGGUGGUGAUGGUGAAGCAGAGGCAGGCGGCUAACGCCCGGGAGAGGGACCGGACACAGAGCGUCAACACGGCCUUCACAGCCCUGCGGACCCUUAUCCCCACCGAGCCCAUGGAUAGGAAGCUGUCCAAGAUCGAGACCCUCCGCCUGGCCUCUAGUUACAUCUCCCACCUGGCCAAUGUGCUGCUGCUUGGAGAGGGCUGCGAGGACGGGCAGCCCUGCUUCAGUGCCAUCUAUGGCUCCAAGGGGGAGCUGGACAACAAACAACCCCGCAGCAUCUGCACCUUCUGCCUCAGCAACCAGAGGAAAGGGGGCAGCUGGAGGGAGCUUGCGGGCAAUUGCCUGAAGGCGCGAGGGGUGAACCCAAUGCGAGUGCCGCGGAGAUGAGCCCGAGCUGUGGGAGCAUCUGCCUGAGGAGCCAGGCCAGGUGGCCGAACCCCAGAACACAUGAGCUUGAUAUUCCAGACCGGGGGGCGGGAAGGAGCAAGGGACCCCUGGAGCUCAAGGAAAGGAAAGCCUGUGUGAGAUGAGCCCACACUCAAAGGACUCCACGGAGACACAGGCGGCUGGGGCUGCACCGACUUGGACCGAAAGGCAGGACGAUGCUCUAGAUGCAAAUAAGAGAGAGCGAGAGCGACCGCUCCUCUGCCAUCCACUGUGCCUGUCCUUCGCGGCCAGCGGGAGCCCGGGGAAAGCAGGGCUCACUGACCCCUGGAAGGGGAUGUUGGCCCAGUGGCUGCAGGACAGAGGAGCGGGCAAGGGCGAGAGUGUAAAAUAUCGUUCAAUGGUCAGUGUCGAUACAGAGCUUUAUGAGAGUUAAGAUUAUUGCAGGUCUCCAUGGUCACUGUUUUGUUUUUCAUAUUCAGCAGGUUUGAAAAUAAAAGUUAUUUUUUUGAUCA